GGGAGGGGUCCAGUUUCCAGUGUCAUUUUGGCGCAGCGAGCUUUUGUAUAAUUAUUAAGUGCGUUGGUGAAUGUUGUACCGGUUAAACCCCGUUGAAUGUGGCUGAUAAGGAGGAAAAAGACACACGGGCAAGCGACGCGUCUACUGUUUCUGCCAUUUAUGGGAGAAUAAAAGGUAUCCGAUUUGCGAGGCCGGGGUUUUCCAGGAGCGCAUCCGUGACAUUGUGAAAGCAGCCGGGACGCGCCUGUGACGUCAUAUCCGGGCGGCGCGGAAGCCACCUACUUUUGGUUCUCCUUAGACUUGACCAAAUACCCGUUGGGAUAUAAUUUUUUUGUUAUUCCGAGAGAAAGUAUUGGGCUAGGGUGUUUGAAGGGCCCGCCGCCCCCUCCCUUUGAGACGUCGCGCGCGUGCGCGGGUGCAAUACGUGCCCCAGCGGCGCGUGGAGCUGCAAUUCGGCCGAGUGCCCUGGCACGUGCCGCAUGUACGGGGACAGCCACUACGUCACCUUCGACGGCAAGAGGUUCGUCUUCGACGGGAACUGCGACUCCAGCAUCGUGCAGGACUACUGCUCCACAGCCGAGGGCAACUUUCAGAUCAUCACCGGCAAGGACUGCAGCGCUGUGGACUCGAGCUGCUCCAAGGCGAUCCGCUUCUACAUCAAGGAUUACAACGUGGAGGUUCACAUGGUGGCCGGGGAGGUGAUGGUGGUGCCCGUGGCCGGAAAGAUCCCGGCGAUGGUGGAUGACCUGAGCAUCCACUCGGUGGGGCUCUACCGCAUCGUGCAGACCGGCAUCGGCAUCAUGGUCAUGUGGGACCGGCGCACGAGCAUCUUCGUCAAGGUCGACUCCAAGUACAAGAAUGGAUUGUUCCUGCAACUCGGCAACCAAUUGAGGCUACAAAACCAAAUGAAACACCCACCAACCAAGGAGAUUGUGCUUUAGGCUGGUCUGACUGGUACGAUGAUCAAUAUCCUGAUGAAGAAAAUUGCGGAGAUGAGGAAUCCUACGAAAAGAUUGUAGACUCGGGAAGAGAGGUCUGUCUGCCUCACUCAUCAGUGGAAAAAUUGACUGCAAAGCAGAGAAAUUUCCGAAUACACCAUGGGAGAAAUUGGGCCAAAUAAUUACUUGUGACCAGAGCACAGGCUUGAAAUGCUCUAAUGACGAUCAGGACUUUUUGCCAUGUUACAACUACAAGGUGAGAUUCUGCUGCUCCAAAUCAGGUGGCCCCCCUCCACCACCCAAUACUCAGGCCCCAACCAAAGGGGCCCCUGAGAAACCAACGACAGCAGCAGCUCCAGAAACAACGAAAAGGAAACCGGAGCCCCCACCAGUGCCUGAAGAGACAACUUCAGCUAAAGAUAAAGUAAGGAUAGCAAUCAAAGUUGAAUUGAAUGCUGACCAAACAUUUUUCUAAAGAAAUAUACUUCAAAGCCUUUAGCAUGAGAAAAUGUUUACUUUAAUCACCUUUAAUAAAUAUAUAUACUUUGGUAUUAAUUUGAGAUCUGUCUUUUUAUAUGCAGGCGGCAGUGUUUCAGUGACACAAGCAACGGUAAUUCAUGAAUGUGAUUGCAGUGUUAAAAGUCUAACGUCAUAUAUUCAUAUAUUUUUCCAAGGCCGUAUCAUCAGUUAUAGAUAUGGAAAUGAUGGGACGUGUCUUUCAUUUCGAAGAAAGAAUGCAUUUGACAGAUUUGCUCACUGCAGACUUCCAUGUUUACCGCACCUCCAACUUCCAUAAAUGAGCCAGAACAACCAUCUACCCCAGGCUCAGGUAUCAUGGUGGAAUUAGUUACAAAAUCUCGAAAGGAUAAUGUUGAAUUAUAUCAUAUAGUUAAAGGAACAAAUGUUCUGGUUUGGCAGGGGCGAGUCCUGGUUUCAGAAAAAGUUAUCCUGGUGUGCGGAAGCAUUGGCAAAAUUGUGAUGUUUUCCUGCUUUAAAGUCUUCUGGUCGAAUAUUAUAUGUACAAUUAUAAUUUUCUAUUAAUUAUUUUUUAUUCAUUUGUACCUAUCUACGUGACUUUACUGAAAGAUACAAAGAAUAUCUAAACUACAUGUUAUAGACUACAAAGAGCCGAAUGCCACAUCCCCUUUAUUGUGCUGUACGUCCAUGCUCCCCCAUCCCACUUUCACAAACCACAUUGAAGAGCAUGAUGAAGCACGGUCAAAUAACCCACGCAACUCAAACAGAGUGGGGAGGCUUCAAUAAAGCAGUGUAUUGGCAAAGAGAUGUACGUUAUUUUGUAUUACUUUCUAGUAACCCAUUCAUAAUGCAAUAUUAAAGUAUCGUCUGAAGGUUGCUUACGACAUUUUACGUGGUUAACCUGAGAAUGGAUGAGCAAUCUCCAUUCUGUUAACAUCUAUCCCUUGAUUUUCUUUCAAAGUGACACCUAAACCCCCAGUUGAGAAAAAGCCAACAAAGCCAGCUCCAGAAGAGAGUGCCGCUCCUCUUCAAGAACCAACUGGAUCGAAGGACAAGACACCCGCACCUCCAACCUCCGGCAACAAGGAGCCAGAACCAUCACCCCCAAGUCCAGGCCCAGUGACACCGAAACCCCAGGUUGAGGAAAAGCCAACAAAGCCAGCUCCUGAAGAGAGUGGCGCUCCUCCUCAAGAACCAACUGCACCGAAGGACAAGACACCCCCACCUCCAACCUCCGGCAUCAAGGAGCCAGAACCCUCACCCCCAGAAGGGACAGUGACACCGAAACCCCCGGUUGAGGAAAAGCCAACAAAGCCAGCUCCAGAAGAGAGUGGCGCUGCUCCUCAAGAACCAACUAGAUCGAAGGACAAGACACCCCCACCUCCAACCUCCGGCAUCAAGGAGCCAGAACCAUCACCCCCAAGUCCAGGCCCAGUGACACCGAAACCCCAGGUUGAGGAAAAGCCAACAAAGCCAGCUCCUGAAGAGAGUGGCGCUCCACCUCAAGAACCAACUGCACCGAAGGACAAGACACCCCCACCUCCAACCUCUGGCAUCAAGGAGCCAGAACCCUCACCCCCAGAAGGGACAGGUGUGUUCAUUUUGUAAGAUUAUAUAUAUACAGGAAGUAAACUGCUUAGGAUCAAAUCAAACAACGGGACUCAAUUUGUUAGAUCUCAGAAACUAAAUAAGACUUGCUCAAGGAUAGGUGUUGGAUAGGUGACAAUCUGUGUAACAGAUGUCGUAGGCUGAAUUUUUACAAUAUAGACUUCACAGAGCAGAAUGCCACACCUCUUAAUUGUGAUGUACUUCCAUGCUCCCUCAUCAGAUGUUCACUAAACCCCACUGAAGAGCAUGAUGAAGGAUGGUAAAAUAAACCCCCCAACGCAGACACCGUGGGGAGGAUUUAAUUGAGCAGUGUAUUGGCAAACAGCUAUACAUGAUUUAGAAUAAAUUUCAAGUCAAUUAUUCGUAAUGCAAAUUGAAAGUAUCGACUGAAGGUUGCUUACAACAUUUUAAAAGGUUCAACUGAAAAUUCAUGAGCAAUCUAAAUUCUGUCAACAUCCAUCCCUUGCUUUUCUUUCAAAGUGACACCCAAACCCACGGUUGAGGAAAAGCCAACAAAGCCAGCUCCAGAAGAGAUUGGCGCUCCUCCUCAAGAACCAACUGAAACGAAGGACAAGACACCCCCACCUCCAACCUCCAGCAACACGGAGCCAGAACCAUCACCCCCAACUCCAGGCCCAGCGUGCAGAUGGAGCUCAUUGAGGGCUACAUCACCGCACAGCUGAGCGCGCGAUUGCCCGGGUUCAGCAUGGCCACCUUCAUCCAGUCUCCACCGCUGCGCGUGCCCAGGAUGUCUGCAGCAGCCUGAACAUCAGCGGGAACGCGUCAAAUGCGAGCACGAACCUCACCUACUCCAUCACCACAUCCGCCUUCAACUUCACC